AGUCAUUUUUGAGCAAAUUUUGCAAAAAUGGCCGAAUUUAUUGUUAACUGCAAUUUGUGUUUAUUAAGAUACAGUCCGAAUGUAUCUUUUUACGUGACAACAUGUGGACAUAUGAAAUGUGAACCUUGCACAGCAAAAUCAGAUGAUAAGACAAAAUGUGCAGUAUGCAAAUCACCUGCUCAGUUAAUACCGAUAAAUAACAACCUCAACCCGGAAAUGCUACCAUUCUUUCGUCCACUAAGCUAUAGUGUGGACCAAGCGAAACAGAUAUCCAAAUUUCAAGACCAAAACAAGACUAUAAUUAUAAAAAACUUGAAGAACAAGUGUAAAUUUGUAAAAGGAGAAAUGGUUAAAUGUUACGGAGCGCUACACGACUUAAAACGAGAGAAUGCCUCGCUUCAUUUGCAGCUACAGAAUAUGCUGAAAGCCGCAUCUGGAAACAAAUCGGUACCGAACAGACCUCCGAUAUUUCCUACAUCCGAUUGUUCGGCGUCCUCAUCGAUUUUUUCCAUUCAGCCGAAUGCUCUCGGAAGCAACCCCACGCUAUUCCCUCAAUCGACGACACCUUGGACCAAUUCUUCGCGUAUCGGAACUCGCAUGAACGCGCAUCGACCGUUUAAUUCCCGACAAACCUUCAUGACACCCUCCGCAUCGUCAGUGGCGGAUGAUUCGUCCGAGAGUUGUUUCGAUCGAAGACCGUCAAGGGGUAGAAUUCACCCAGUAAUGAUGCCGUUUCGAAACCUAAAGAAAUAAAUCCAAUUAGCUGCGACUCACAUGAUCUAUGAUUAUUACGUUGUUUGUGUUACAUCAUGAAUUUAAUUUAACUUUAGGUUUAAUUAAUUAAUUUUUGUUUUGGAAGUAGGUGUAGGUAUCACAUUAAGUUUUAUGCAAUUUACGACAAUAUUUCACUGUACUUUUUGAGUUUGUAUUAUAUGUCUCUCUCUAUCUGAAUCAACUUGAUGAAAAGAGACAAACUUGGGUUACCUAAAAAAUAAAUUUGAAAAAUCUCGA